AUGGACUCCUGUCAUAUUCUCAGAUUACCCGACGAGUUGCAAGUUGCUGUGAUUGAGCUUCUUCCCGGCGACGCACUCAAAGCUACCCGCGCAACUUGCCGAAAGCUUAACAGCAUCGCAUCACCCUACCUCUACCCUGUGCUAUACCUCUCAUGCCACCAGCUCGAUCUCGAUGUCUUCCGACUUGUCGCAAACAACCCCCUCCUUAUUGGUGGCGUCAAAGAACUCGUGGUCGAUGAUACCACCUUGUCUCCUCGUCUCGCCAACUGGGAGGUCUACAAGACUGUAGCCUCGUACCCCGAAAACUGGCCUGACCGCAAGAUGUCGUAUUGCUGGGGAGAUGAAUUCGAAAACGAGGAUCGAGUCUGGUCUACCGAACCAGACAAAGACUUCCACGCUCUCUACAAGUCUGUUCUCCGAGGCCAUCACACGAACCGCCGAAGACAUGCCGACAUCAAUGCCCUCACACGAGCCCUACCUCUCUUCAAAUCACUGCGAAGCGUCGUAAUCAGCAACCGCACGGCCGAUGAUUGUGAGGGUAUUUUCGAAGGCGCACAGAGUGAAGAGUCGAGCAGCCCAGUUGUCAAGAUGUGGAGGCGCCUUGGAGACUCCAAGCAAGAGCGACCUCCUUUCCCACCCAGAUGCGAUUGGUUAACCCCAUGGAACGAGCAUAGCCCCAGUGUCAGGGCGGAAAUGAUGCAGCCGGAUUGGUAUCAUGACAGAUUGGACAUUCUGAUCAACCGAUAUGGUCUACCAGCUCCCAAGGGUCAAGUCCAUCUGAUAGACAACCGAGACGGCCGAUACCCAGCGACAGGAAAUCGCAUGAAUUAUCAGAGAGUACAUGCCGAAUCAUUCGAUUGGUCUGACCUCAAUUGGCUGGAACCAGGUUAUUACUGUCGAACAAUCGGGCGACAAGCUCGGGCUGUAUCUGUCGCCCUCGAGGUCCUCGGGGACCCGCGUAUACGACUCACUGAAUUCCGGGUUGAUGCCUCUCUGCAGGUCGUUGACCCUCUUGAUGAGAACGAACCUUUAUGCCUGCCGGGUCUCUCAGUUCUGCUCUUCGACAGUAACUCCUCGCCGCUUGUGCCGAAGCUGACAUCAUCUUUCUCCAACCUGACCAAGUUUCAUCUUGUCCUGAGUGACCAUAAAGAGAACGAGGAUGAUUUCGAUAGUGAUGAGGCAAUGCGAAUACUGGACCAGGGUCACGUCGCCACUAUUCUUAAAUCUAUGCCUCAACUAGAGGAUCUUCUCCUCGAGCUACAUGGCGUGCCGAUAUUUUUUGCGAUGCCACCUAUCAAAUUCAGCCGACUUCGAAGUGUCGAGUUCAGCUGCAGCGAGCUGAGUUCUAAGCUCCUCCUCAGCUUUCUCCUAUAUCACUCCCUGACCCUCAAGACCCUCAUUAUCCGAUACUGUUCUAUAGAUCCAGACAUAUGUGAUGAGACGUGGGUGGAGAUUAUGGAAGAGAUCCGCGACAUGCAAGAUGAAGGAAUUCUGAACAUUGACGAUGGGCAGGUCAUCGGUGCCUAUGACCAUGCGCCCUGCCGGGGCUGCGGAAGAACAAUACCCUCGAGCCGGAAAACGAGGGUUGAUGGCUAUCCUUGGGAUUUCGAGGAUGACGAAGGGUCAUAUGUUGGUUGGGGCUAUUGGGAUACAGAAAGCGAAGGUGGCGAAAUUGAAAAGGAUGGCGGAGGCGAGCAUGAAAGCUCCAGGAUCUGA